UACUUUACACGAAAGAACCCAGACGGGGAGAAACCAUUUAAAUACAGAGAGUGUGGAAAGAGCUUCAAUCAUAGUAGUAACCUUAAAGUACAUGAAAGAACCCACAUAGGCGAGAAACCAUUUAAAUGCAGGGAGUGUGGAAAGAGCUUCAGUCAGAGCAGUGACCUUACUUCGCAUCAAAGAACCCACACAGGGGAGAAACCAUUUAAAUGCAGAGAGUGUGGAAAGAGCUUCAGUCAGAGUGGUAACCUUAAAGUACAUGAAAGAACCUACAUAGGCGAGAAACCAUUUAAAUGCAGGGAGUGUGGAAAGAGCUUCAGUCGGAGCAGUCACCUUACUUUGCAUCAAAGAACCCAUACAGGGGAGAAACCAUUUAAGUGCAAGGAGUGUGGAAAGAGCUUCAAUGUAAGCAGUCGCCUUAAAUUACAUCACAGAACACACACAGACGAGAAACCCUUUAAAUGCACGGAGUGUGGACAGAGCUUUAGUCAGAGAAGUAAGCUUACUUCACAUCAAAGAACCCACAGGAGAGAAACCAUUUAAAUUCAAGAAGUGUUGAAAGAGCUU